UCAAGGAUGUAGUGUGUGUGUGUUGAGGAAAUGACCACAAGUUCUUUACCUGUAAUUCAACAUGGCGGCAACAAGACACCUAACUAUACUCAUAUCCAUAUUAACAUUAGCAGGCGCUGCUGAUAAAGAAAUCACUUCACCUCCAACCACCACUUCAAGUCUCACUACAACACCUGACAGUGCAACCCCCCAGAAUACUCCCAUGAAAUCAACCACUUUAGAUAACACCAAAUCAUCUGUUAUUACUGCAACGGCCACCACCAUUAUAAGCACCAUGACAAAAGAUGUAACCUCAGCAAUGCACAAUGAAUCUACUACAGGGCCGGCCCCUAUGACAAAUGCAUUCAGCACAUUACAAGCAGAUGACAGUACCAACAUCACUACUACACAGACAGUGACAGAUUUGAAAACCACUGCGAGUGAGACUUUAAAUACGACUACCUACAAUUUAACUACUCUAAAUUCUGCAAAGACAGAUAUUACCAUUACCACCCAAGGAAAGAUAAGCACAACCACAGCUCUUCAAGCAAAUGGAAAGAAUGAUUUAUCAAGGAAUCCAGGCCUUGUGGCGGUCCUCUGCAUUUUCUGCAUAGUUCUGGGGCUUCUGGUGGUGGUUGCCCUGACAAAGGUUAUCAGUUCCAAAAGAAAUAAGUUUGAGAGGCUAGAGGAUGUGCCAAUGGGCAAAAUGAAUGAAGAGUCUCCAUUUGCUCAAUAUUCAAAAUAAUUCCGGAGGAUUCUACUGUACCCUCUUUAAACUGGGGUUUGAUUAUAAACCAUUUUUAAUAAGCCACAAUUAAGUGUGUAGCCACUAAACACCCACACUGUAUUAAUUAUGCAGGUUGGUUAUCAGAACAGAGCUAAAAGUUAAAAGUGCCUUUCUUUCUCCUUAAACAUUCCUAUACUUGCUAAAACUAUUAAAAUAUGAGAUUUUUAUCAACAGAAAAUCAAUACUGAAAUGCAACAACCAUUUCCACGCUUAUGCAAAAAAAAUCUCAAAGCCUGAAUAAAAGAACCACACCUGGUCCAGUAGGCCAGUAGGCCAGUAAAAAGUGUCCU